AUGGCAGCGGCGACAGCGGGCUACGAGUGGAACCGCUCUUCGCCGCUGCGCUCCUCGCCCAACACGUCCUCGUCUAUGUACCCUGACCGGCCCAUUCGCCCUCUGCCAGCACGCUCUCUGCGCGCGCGACUGUCUCCCGAACAAGCCGACUCGAUAGUGUUUCCCACCAACCCUCCGUCUACAGGGCCGCUGUUCAACUUCCCGUAUACGUCCAGCGAGCGUGGCAACAGGGCUUUGAGAACAGGCGAGAACGACCACCAUGCUUGUCACUGUGGCCAUACUCAUUCCGAAGUAGAGAGCGAAGAGGACGAGGACGAGCGGGGCGCCCCGCUGCCUUCCUCUCCAAGCUACCACUACAGCAGGAGUGCGCCUGGCAGGACUGCAAUCGCGGCGUCAGGCUACCACAAGCCAGGCUCUGCCUCGUCGUCGGUGGACGGCUACGAGUCGUUCGAAAACACCAACAACAAGAAGAAGCGGAAGAUCCCCAACAUGGGCAGCAACAGCUCGCAUCACACGACGCUCUCGGCCGACGUAGCAAGCAUGAGCAUCGCGCAUGCACAUGAGAACGGCGAGGUCGACGAUGGAACUGCCCGCUAUGGUCCAGCGCCGUCGACGCCCCAGCACAACAACUCCGGAACUGGCAUUGCAGGAGCAGGCAGAGGGCGAUUCGGCCGAUCUGGUUCAGGACGUUCAGAACGGCGAGUGUUGGGCAAUUCGACCAACCUUGCCAACGCCAAAGCAAGCAAACGUCCUUCGGAGCAGAGCGGCAUCAUCUCCACAGCUAUUGCCAACGCGCAGGCAACCCCACCGCCUCAGGGCAACGAGAACGUCAGCCUGCUUCAGCAGGAAGCUGCCAAGAACAGCGCAACCAAGACGCAGUUCACCUUCACCUGCGGCUCUGACUCAGCAAACAAAAUGGUUUGGCCUGGCCAAGAAAACGGGCCGUAUCCUCAGCCACCGGGCGCGUAUCCCACCACGACCGCACCUCCGCCCCCCCAACCCCAGACUGCCCGCGCUCGCCCUCCGGUCCGACCAGAUGCCCAUGUCGUCUCUACCCAGGGUACCCAGACAAGCCCAAACAUGAACGGUGUACAUCCUCCAUCAAAUAGGGGCGCCCCACCUCCAAAGGCUGGCCAAGCCCCUCAGCAGGCGCCUCCGCCUCGCAAGCCUACACGCAGUGCGUCAAAGUUGUACGCAUACGCUGCUCGCAAACGUCGAACGCAGCAGGAGUACGCCAACUUCCACAAUCCGCCGAGCCAGCCUUGGAUAUGCGAGUUUUGCGAGUAUGAAGACAUCUUUGGACGCCCGCCAGAAGCCUUGAUUCGGCAGUACGAGAUGAAGGAUAGAAAGGAGCGACGCCGGCUGGCAGAGAAACGGCGAUUGCUAGAGAAAGCAAGAAUGAAGGGACGAAAGGGGAAGAAGGCAAGCAAGAAGGCCCAAAACAACGCGAACAAUGCGCAGCAUGCUCAAAACCCUCCGCCUGGCGGUUACGACCGUCGCGAUGACGGUUUGCUAGACCCGGAGGAUGAUUACGAUGACUACGGUGACUACGAUGAUGGCCCAAACCAGCCUUGUUGUCACCAUGGUUGUCAGCAUACGCAUCCGCCACCAAAGGUUCCCCCCUUACCCCCGGCGGACCCUCGACUAGGCAUGGCGCCUGUUAGCAACGGUGCGUAG